ACAAUAGUCACAUUUCUUUUUAACAGCUGGUUUUGCUGUUAUUUCUAUCUUCUUAUCUGGCAAAUAUUUGGAUCUACCGAAACGAAUACGAAAAGGAACAUUUAACAAUGCAAACAAUACAACAGAUUUAGAAAUCUAUCAGUCUUUAUCAGAAACAGCUAGAUUCUAGGGCCUAGCUUCGAUAUUGUAUAGAUUUUUCUAGAUUACAUGUCUACAUCAAUAUCUGCAACCGAAGUAUAACAUUGUAUUGUUAAGUUUUAAAAAUUACAAGCAUGGAAAUAACUAAGCAGAAUUUUAAUGAAGAACUGGACAACAUCAUAAAAUCAAUAGAAGAUUGCAGUUUCCUAGCAAUUGAUGGUGAAUUUACAGGCUUAGAUUCUGGCGAAUGUGGACCUCCAGCUCCUUUUGACACCUUAGUCGAGCGCUACAACAAAAUAAGAAAUGGUGCAUCUGAUUUUCUACUUAUACAGUUUGGUUUGUGUACUUUUAAAGCAGAUCAAGAUAAACAGAAAUAUGAAGCAAAGCCUUAUAACUUUUACAUUUUUCCAAGACCCUACACCAGACAUGCACCUGACAGAAGGUUUCUUUGUCAGAGCUCUAGCAUAGAUUUUCUGGCAUCACAAGGUUUUGAUUUUAACAAGCUAUUUAAAGAAGGUAUUCCUUACCUAACACUUGAUGAUGAGGCUAAACUAAAGGCUGACCUAGGCCGCAAGCAUGAGGAAGCUAACAAGAUCUUAGCAGAUGGAGAUAGUAAUCACAACAGUAACAGCGCUAAGAAAGGACUUGUUCCUAUCCCUGAUGAUCAGAAAAUAUUUCUAAUUAACAUAUGUGAAAACAUAACUGAAUAUUUGAACUCUGAGGAGGAAAAACCACUCAUAAUACCACCCUGUAAUGCAUUUCAAAGAAAACUCAUUUUUCAAACAGUUGAAGAAAAAUUUCCACUGAUACAAAUAGAAACAAAGACAGGAGAGAAAAAAGAGAGAUACAUGGAAGUGCACAGAACAAAAAAUGUUGAAGAUAAAUUUAAAAAAGAUCAGGAUAAGCAGGCACUAGAAAAGAUGGAGCUGGAUAUACAAGUAGGCUUUUCAAAAGUUAUCAAGGCAAUCGCAGCAUCAGGCAAACUUGUGGUCGGACACAAUAUGUUUCUUGAUGUAAUACAUGCUGUUGAUCAGUUUCAGUGCCGUCUUCCAGAGAUGCUUGGUGAUUUCAAGACAGUUGUAAAAGCAGUAUUCCCCAGAUUGAUUGACACAAAACUAAUGGCUAACACCCAACCAUUGCAGGAGCUGAUAAGAUUUUCAUCACUAGAAGAGCUGAAACAGACACUAAUGUCAAAGCCGUUCACACCUGCCAAGGUUGAAACAGCUGAAGGAUUCAUUCGUUAUGAAGAUGGGGCUGGAGCCUUCCAUGAGGCAGGCUAUGAUGCUUAUAUAACAGGUUUUGCUUUUGCCACAAUGGUUAAUUACCUGGGCACCCUACAAAGCCCUCCAGUUUAUUUUACACCCCCUUCAUCUCAUAUUGUUAACCCUUUUAUCAACAAGUUGUUCAUGAUGAGAAUAAAUGAUAUUCCAUACUUGAACCUAGAUGGUCCAGAUUUGGAAGUCAAUAGAGACCAUAUUUUUCAUGUAACAUUUCCUAAAGAAUGGCGACCAUCUGACUUGCAUAUUCUCUUUCAACCUUAUGGAAAUAUUCAAAUAUCUUGGCUCACUGACACAUCUGCUUAUGUAUCACUUUAUAAAAAAGAAAAUGCUAAACUUGCUCUAAAAGCUUUGUCCCAAAGUGCCAGCACAUAUCAUGUUGUGUCUUACGCAUUCCAUCACCGCAGCAAAAACAUGCGAUGGUCAGCAUUAGCAACCACACCCCCUGCCUCCUCACCUACACCGCCACAUAACAAGAGGAAGCUGCAGCUUAAUGAUUCAGACAUACCAAAUAAGAUCAAACGGAAGUCUUUGUGUAAUGAGUCUUAUCCUGUGAUCAUGGAAGAAGAUGAAUCUCUGGAAACAAGUAUUGAGGGUUCUGACCUCAACAUCACCAACAGUCAUAUUCAGAACAGAUCCGCAGAAGCUGCUUCUACUGAUAUAGAAAAGAAAGAUGCUGAGAAGCUCUUUGUGGAACCUGACAAUUGGUGAUGUUUGGCUAAUCUGAUCUAACUUUCAAUCAAUGAAUGUUCAGAAAAUACUACAUCUGUUUGGAAAUGUACUAUCAAAUAUACCAUUUUUAAAAAUGUUGGAUCAAAUGUACAAAUUAGUAAACAUUUCCCCUGACCACUCUUGUUAUAGUUUAGUUAGUCAUUGAGUAGUUAUUUAAACACCUGAUAUAACUUUAUAUUAUUUUAAAACAUAGUAAUAGGAAAAAUCUUUUUAAAAUCUUUUAUUUAUACAAUUUUUGUCAGAAAAAGAAUAUAUUUAAAAAAAAAACCCAUUUAACUGCAUUGUUAAAAAUAAAUAACUUUUUAUAUCAGAAUAUUUCUGCCUCAGCUUAAAAAAUGUGUACAUGAAUGUUGUUUUAUCACUGUUUGAAAACUGAUUGAUGCUCAUUUGUAUGUUG